AUGAAAAAAGAUCAUGGUCAGUGGACAUGGGAAUCCCCCAAUGGCGCGACUCUUGCGGAGAUCGACCACAUACUCACCAACCGGAGGUCGUGUCUACUUGACGUCUCAGUAGUACCAUCUUUUUGUAGUGGUUCUGAUCAGCGUCUCCUUCGUGCGAAAAUACGACUUAACCACACGAUGGAAAAGAGCAUCUGCUAUCGGCAACGAAGGAGAAAAGAAGUCGUCUACGACGAUUGCGUACUCGAGGACUCCUCAUCCGAAGGUGACUGGCACAUCGAGGAGGACCCAAACGUGGACUACGAGAUGCUGCUCAGAGGAUUACGAGCCUGUGCUGAACGUGCCUCGAAGCCGCGCACGACAAACUUGGAUCGAAUUUCGAAGACCAAGGAAUUGUUGGAAAGAAGAAGGGCUUUGAGGCUUUAUCCGAAUGCAUCUCACCUUGAGCGGUUAUCAGACUAG